AUGCACAUAUUAAAAUCUAAUAAAGGUAAAUCAUCAUUAACACUUGGUUGGCAAACAGUUAAUUGUCUUUCACCAACAUUGAAUUUUAAAACAGAAUGUGAUAUUGAUGGUGAUGGUGAUCGAAUAUAUUAUUCAUGUAAUAUAUUAUAUAAAUGUACUUCAAAUGGUAAACCUAAUAAAUCAUGUUCAAUUGUCACACGAUAA